GGCCGACUUAUCCACGACCAAGCGAUGUUGGCGGGGAACCCUCCUCCGCUUCGGUCAACGAGGGUUCGGCUUGCUCGAGCAUUUGCUACUACCACCAAGAUCCGCACCAGUGGCGGCUCCAGACCGGCUCGCGCCGUAUCCUUCUACGCUCACCACCGCGCCCUCCUACUCGCCGGGGCCUCGAGACCUCCUCGACGCAGCCCAUAGUGCGCCCGGCGGUCGAGUAUCGGGAGGAUGCUUGAGCGCCAUGCCAUUUUCGGGUUACUUGCUUCGGCAGGUGAGUUGUUACACACUCCUUAGCGGAUUCCAACUUCCAUGGCCACCGUCCUGCUGUCUAUAGCAAGCAACUCCCUUCCAUGGGAUCGGAAUUAGCAUCCAUUUAGGCCCCUUAACUCGACGUUUGGUUCAUCCCACAGCGCCAGUUCUGCUUACCAAAAUUGGCCCACUAGGCACUCCGAUUCUCGUCCGGGGCUUCAGCGAAGCAAGCCCGGCACCUCACCCAUUUAAAGUUUGAGAAUGGGCUGAGGACAUUUCGUCCCCAACACCCCUAGUCAUUCGCUUUACCGGAUGGAACUCGUUCGAUGCGAGUGCCAGCUAUCCUGAGGGAAACUUCGGAGGGAACCAGCUACUAGAUAGUUCGAUUGGUCUUUCGCCCCUAUACUCAGCUCUGGCGAUCGAUUUGCACGUCAGAAACGCUUCGGACCUCCACCAGGGUUUCCCCUGGCUUCAUCCUGGCCAAGCAUAGUUCACUAUCUUUCGGGUCCCAACAUCUAUGCUCUGGGUACCCGCCGACACAUCCGGCCGCGGCCCUACCGCCGCGAAGCGGAGAGGCGACCGUUCGUCAUGGCGAGUCCCGGACCUGCGCCCCCCCGGCCCGCCGGUGAAGGCGGGCGCGGGCGUGCGGGAGCGGGGGGGACCCGCGCCGUCCCGGGGAGGAAAGUCGGUCACUCCGUCCGUGGUGCGCGCGGCCGCCCGCUGCUCCGUGGGAUCGGCCCGAUCACUUUCAUUGCGCCCGUGGUUUAGUGCGCCCAUUGACUCGCAUACAUGUUGGACUCCUUGGUCCGUGUUUCAAGACGGGUCGGGAGGAGUACCGACUCUUUGCACGCCGCGAGGGCCAGCACAAGGACCGAGUGGGGAAGGGGAAGCGCGGGAAGCCAGACGACCCCCCGAAAGGAGGAGGCUAGGCUCGACCGCGGCCUCGGACCCCACCCCCGAUCUCGGACGGCCCCGGAGGAGAGACCGUCGGGGAGCAAGACGAGGGCACCGGGGGAUCCCCGGACGGGCGCGCUGGAAAACGACCAACCCCGCCCGACGAGUCGAGCAAGGAAGGGCCGAACGCGCCGCCGGUUCCUACCAGGACCCGGGCCUCAGACGCCCAUCAUCCCAACGCGUCGCGGCGACCUACUGCGGGGGGAAGAUCGCCCGCCGGCGCCGGGCAGGCGGCGGCGGCGCUCCCCACUCAAGGCUCCUUCGGCACGAGGCCUCCGGAACGGGAAGUCGCAACACGCCCGCUACCGUCUCCCGGCAGGCCGACGAACUGAAUCCCCCCAGUUCGAUCUUCGAAUCUCCGCCCGUUUAGCCUCUUAACGGUUUCACGUUCUCUUGAACUCUCUCUACAGGGUUCUGUUUCAACUUUCCCUCACGGUACUUGUUCGCUAUCGGUCUCGUGGUCAUAUUUAGCCUUAGAUGGAGUUUACCACCUGCUUUAGGUUGCGGUUUCAGGCAACCCGACUCUAAGGAGAGGCCCGUUCCGCACUCCCGAAACCCCCCUCCCCGCGAACGAGGAGGAGGAAGUCUCUUUCCGCCACACGGGCCUGACACCCUCCCUGGGUAUGAGAGUCAUUCAUGAACAACUUAGGCGGCUCGGGAGCGCGUGCAGGACCUCUCCCGAACGCAGCACCCCUCGAGCCCCCCGCGAAGGGGACGCGAGGCUUUGCGCUGGGCUCUUCCCGUUUCGGUCGCACUUACUCAGGGAAUCCCGGUUGGUUUCUUUUCCUCCGCUGAUUAAUAUGCUUAAAUUAGGC